GUUGGGUGUGGGGCAUGGUGGUCGGGAUAACUGUCAGGUCGCGUCCCACGUAAUCAGCAGGCGGCGAACGAGAACGCUUCUCACACCUUCAGCGCUAUUCUACCCAGGGCUCCAGCACUUCCCGCCAUGCCCGCAGCCUUCUCAAACACCAACACCAACACCGGCAGCUCCUGCUCUGUUCCCGCCGAGGGCAACGCCGUCAUUGGGAAGGACGGGCUACCCCUUCGCAACGGAGUCACAGACUCGCUCGCAGAAGAUUGCGCGCAAAAGUCGGGGACGACCCCCAAGUGCUGCAACAAGGAACCAUCAGUCGAAAGCACCCUAGGCGCCAUCUUUUCGGUCGUCUUGGGCUCGUCGUGCUGCAUUAUCCCUUUGACCUUGGACAUGGCUUCGGUGUCUUUUUCAGGGUUGGGCUAUCUAACCGCAUAUCAACCCUUAUUCCGCGCGAUUACCAUCAUCAUUCUCGUCAGUAAUGUCUGGCGAUAUGGCACUACCCGACGGACGAUUUUGACUAUCGCAUUUUGCCUGCUUGUCAGUUUUGGUCCUCAGCUCCUAUCCGCCUCCACGACGCUUUCAAAUGGUAGCCGUUCAGCUGAAGUUGACCCACCAGCAUCCGCACCGGCACCGCCAAUAUCACCAUUCGAAAAGGAACGUCUGUGCUUCCGCGUGGAUGGGAUGCGUUGCGGAUCGUGUGCAGCACGCAUCGAGAAAGCUGUAGUGGGGUCAACCUUUAGCGAGGUUGACAGCGCUACUGUGGACCUCGGAGCGCGGACACUCGUUGCGACCAUGCGGAAACCCAGGGUCGGUGAUCUGGACCAUGCACAGAGGCUGUUUCACGAAGAGGGGAUCAAGCGGCUCGUACAAGGUCUGGACUCCGCAUAUAAGGUGGAAUACGUGAAGGAUUGCGAGUUUGAGAAGCGUUCGUGAUGAGAAGCGUUCGUGACGAGCGAGAGUCUGCUCUCCACCCUGUGUGCGGUAGAUCGUAGAUCAUAGAUAUGCUUUGUUGGCAGACAUCCACAUGUAUCCAUGAAGUAUGACGAGACGGUAAAGCGUUGAUGAACGGUUUACCAGUGAGCAUAGUAAUAUCUGCGUGUGCACUCCAAUAAUGAGUCCGUCUGCAAUGGCAGAGAAGAGUAGUGAGUACUGUGAUGAACUUCCAAGUGCGGGAAGAACGCAGCG